AUGGAAGGUGCACCAAGAGGACGUGGUAGAGGGCGCGGACGUGGCCGUGGGCGCGGUAGGGGAUUUGUACCCGAAGAGCCUAUUCCACAAGUAGCACCAAAUCGCACAGCCGAGGAAAAGUUUCGCAAGGAAAAACCUCCAACGUUUGAUGGAUUGGGCGAACCUGCGGAUGCCGAGAAAUGGGUUAGGGCAAUAGAACGGAUCUUCAACUACAUCCGUUGUGAUGAUGAGGAUAAAGUGGCAUGCGCAACUUAUCAGUUGGUGGACGAAGCUGACUUUUGGUGGGAGUCAAAGAAACAGAAUGAGUUUUGGAAUCUGAGACAGAAAACGGGAACUGUGACUGAGUACGACAGGGCCUUCAAUCAGCUAUCAAGAUAUGCUCCGACGUUGGUGGACAGUGAUGAGAAACGCGCAGAGAAGUUCAGAAACGGACUGCGUCACGAGAUAGCGAUUUCCCUAGCAAGUCAAGGGGGUCUCACAUACGCGCAGACAUUGAGCAGAGCCCUCACUAUUGAGUCAUUGUUGCCAAGGGAAAAAGGAAAAUCCCCCGAACAGUCUGGAUUUGUACCAUCUCAAGAUGGUAGUAAGGGAAAGCGAAAAUGGAAUGAAGGAACUGGUGGAAACAUUGGAAAUGGGAAGAAACCAUGGGUGGCGAAUCAAAAUCGGAACCAACAUCAGAAUCCACAACCUCAAGCAAUAGUUCAAACUCCUUGCCCAAAAUGUCAAAAACUCCAUCCGGGAGAAUGUCUGAAAGGAAUGAACGUCUGCUAUAACUGCGGAGAGGCCGGACAUUAUGUCUCGACUUGCCCAAAGAAGGGAGGAGGAGCACCCCAACAACAAAAUCCCGGGAACCAACAGCGACAAAACCAAGGUCCUAGAGGAAAUCAGGGGCAACCACAAUACGCUAGGGCCUAUGCCAUUAACCAACACCAAGCAGCGGGAGAUCACGGAAACCUGGCAGGUACCAUUAAUGUUUUCGACGUGUCGAUUAUAGCUUUAUUCAAUAUUGGAGUAUCCUAUUCUUCCAUUUCAUAUGCUGCUUGUAAGAAAUUAGAAUUUACGCUACAAUCAUCCGUAACAACGUUAGAAGUUAGUACAACUGACGAUGAAAGACUGCUACUAAGGACGUCACCGCGAACUCAGAGCUCGAUAUAG